CCAACUCUAUAAAAAGCCUCCGCCCACUAAUGCCAUGAGCAAUUAUUGUUCGUUCAUUCAUUCCUUACACAGCAUAUUCGAAAUUCCUCCGCCGCUGCCGCCGGCGCCGAGCACGUCCACGGUGGCCGGAAAUUCCCCACCAUUACCCCCUCAGGUUAAUUAAGCUUCCUCCGGCCGCCGGAAAUCGAUAUAGUCGAUCAGAGUUUAACAAUCAUCAGAUUCAUCGCUUCACAUGGAGUUUGUGGGUGGGCUUCUCUUCAUAUGGGUUACUGCAGUGCUGCUGUUUCAGAAUUCGAGCAAUGUGGAUGGGAGAUACCAUCGGCACAAGAAACAGAGGACUAGGGGGUCCAACUGGGGAACCCCUGUUCCUGGACCCCCUGUUUAUUCCCAUGAUCCUCCUCAAGCCCCUGCUUCUCCUUCUCCAUCGCCUUCCGAUCCCACCGGUCCCGGGGAUUCGAGCUCAGACCCUCGCAUUUUCGACGUAACGUCCUGUGGAGCCGUCGGAGACGGCAAGAGCGAUGACACGGCGGCGUUCCGGGAGGCAUGGAAGGCAGCGUGUGCGGUGGAAUCCGGCGUUCUUCUGGCUCCUUCCGCUCAUGUUUUCAAAAUCACUUCCACAAUCUUUUCAGGCCCCUGCAAGCCAGGACUAGUGUUCCAAGUGGACGGGGUUCUAAUGCCGCCGGACGGUCCUGAAAACUGGCCGAAAGCCGACAGCGACAAGCAAUGGCUUGUGUUCUACCGGCUUGAGAAGAUGACAUUCACGGGAAGUGGAACCAUUGAAGGGAAUGGCCAGAAAUGGUGGGAUCUCCCCUGCAAGCCUCACAGGGGUCCUCACGGAUCAACAUUGCCUGGACCAUGCGACAGCCCUGCUUUGAUUCGGUUCUUCAUGAGCAGUAGUCUGGUGGUUCGGGGCUUACGGAUUCAGAACAGUCCUCAGUUCCAUAUGAAGUUUGAUGGGUGUGAAGGAGUUCUGAUAGAGAAGCUGGUCAUUUCCUCCCCAAAGCUCAGCCCCAACACCGAUGGCAUCCACGUUGAGAACACAAAGUCUGUAGGAAUAUACAAUUCCAUUAUAGGAAACGGUGACGAUUGCGUUUCCAUUGGACCUGGUUGUUCUAAUGUGGAUAUCGAGGGUGUCACCUGCGGGCCUAGUCAUGGGAUCAGCAUUGGAAGCCUAGGGGUGCACAACUCGCAGGCCUGCGUCUCCAACAUAUCGGUUCGAAACGUAAACAUAAAGGACUCGGACAACGGGGUGAGGAUCAAGACAUGGCAGGGGGGGUCGGGGUCGGUGUCGGCGGUGUCGUUCGAGAACAUCCAGAUGGAGAACGUCACCAACUGCAUCAUCAUAGACCAGUACUACUGCUUGGCCAAGGGCUGCCUCAACCAGACCUCCGCCGUCUACGUCACCGACGUGUCCUACAAGAACAUCAAGGGCACCUACGACGUCCGCCGCCCUCCCAUCCACUUCGCUUGCAGCGACGCCGUACCCUGCACCAACAUCACGCUGUCCGAAGUCGAGCUGCUCCCGGCGGAGGGGGAGCUCGUCGACGACCCCUUCUGCUGGAACGCCUACGGCACCCAGGAGACCCUCACCAUACCCCCCAUCACUUGCCUGCAGGACGGAGAGCCCCAGUCUGUAGUGGAGGGCUCCCCUUAUCACUGUUCAUGAAUCUCCGAGAUACAUAGACAUUAAGAGAUCAGAGUUCCUUUUUUUUUUUUUUUUUUUUUUAAUUUCUUUGGUGUGAGAGAAAUGGUAGAUAGAUAGGCUCCAUCCCUUUUGGGGUUGUUCCCUUAUUGCGAGAUGAGAGAUGCAGUAGGUCGAGAUGGGUCUAUUUAAUUUUCGCCCUACACUCUAUAUUGCUGUGAUAGGAUUAUAAUUGAAUUUCAUAUAUAAUAUAUAGGUGUGAAAGGCAUUAUAAUU